AUGUCAUCUCUCCGCGUCAUCCUCCCCCUCUUGCUGAUCUCCCUGGUUAUUGCUGAAAUUCGACCAAAACGCCAACUUCUGUCAACCCUCAUUGCUGAGGAUGCGGCUCGACGAGCCCAACUCCAAGCCCAAACUGCCGCGAAUAUCGCCGCCGCUAACGCGAAUGCGGCCCGUUUAGCGGCACAAGCUCAGGCCAGGAACAAUUUGAUCAACUCUCAAAUCAUCGCGAACGCCGCGCAACGUCAAGCGCUAGCGCAGGAGCGAGCGGCCGAAGUGAAUGCGGCGCUGGCGGCUAGUCAAGCCCAAACCCGCGCUCUUUUGGCUGUGGAGAGAGCGACGAUUGCUGGAGCUCAGGCCAACGCUUUGGCGCUGGGAAAAUAA